GGGGUUUUUACGUUUGGAGCUGGAGGCUAUGGUCAGUUGGGUCAUAACUCUACCAGCCAUGAGAUAAACCCAAGGAAAGUUUUUGAACUUAUGGGAAGUGUUGUCACACAAAUCACUUGUGGCAGGCAGCACACUACUGCGUUUGUUCCUUCAUCUGGAAGAAUUUAUUCUUUUGGACUCGGAGGUAAUGGGCAAUUAGGUACAGGAACAACCAGUAACAGGAAAAGUCCCUUCACAGUAAAAGGAAACUGGCUUCCGUAUAGCACUCAAUGCCCGAUAAUCAAAGACAGUGAGGAGUGUUAUUGUGUAAAGAGAAUUUUCUCUGGUGGGGACCAAAGCUUUGCACACUACUUUUAUCCACAGAACAUGGUACCACCAGACGAUUUCAGGUAUCCUGACUUUUUGAAACAGAUCUGGACUGUGAAUGAAACAUUUAUUCAAAGAUUGCUGACUUUCCCAUCUGGAAGACUUCCUGUAGAGAUAGCUAAUGAAAUUGAUGGAACAUUCUCCUCAGCUGGUUGUCUGAAUGGGAGCUUUUUGGCUUUGAGCAAUGAUGAUCAUUACAAAACCAGCACUAGGUUCUCAGGGGUUGAUAUGAAUGCUGCUAGACUACUGUUUCACAAACUUAUACAGCCUGACCAUGCUCAUAUAUCGCAACAGGUGGCAGCUAGUUUGGAAAAGAACCUUAUUCCCAAAUUGACCAGCUCCUUACCAGAUGUUGAAGCUUUGAGGCUGUAUCUCACUUUGCCAGAAUGCCCACUGAUGAGUGAUGCAAACAAUUUCACAACGUUAGCUAUUCCUUUUGGAUCGGCUAUUCUGAACCUAGAAAAAGCUCCUCUGAAAGUUCUUGAAAAUUGGUGGUCUGUACUUGAACCUCCGUUGUUCCUCAAGAUAGUGGAACUCUACAAGGAUGUUGUAGUCCACCUUUUGAAGUUGUGCAAGAUUGGCAUUCCCGCUUCUGAAAGAAGAAUACUUACCAAUUUUCUACACACGGCUUUCAGAGUUCUGGAAAUAUUGCAUAGAGUAAAUGAAAGAGGACAAGUUAUACAGUAUGACAGAUUUUACAUUCAUGAGAUACAAGAUUUGAUAGAUAUCAGAAAUGACUAUGUCAACUGGGUCCAGCAGCAGGUAUUUGGAAUGUUAACAGAUAUUCCUGUUACAAUUUGCACAUACCCGUUUGUAUUUGAUGCCCAGGCAAAGACAACUCUCCUACAAACAGAUGCAGUCAUACAGAUGCAGAUGGCUGUUGAUCAGGCUCACAGGCAGAAUUUGUCUUCUCUCUUUCUGCCAGUAUUUGAAUCUGUCAACCCAUGCCUGAUAUUAAUGGUACGGAGAGACAAUAUUGUAGGAGAUGCUGUGGAAGUCCUAAGGAAAACAAAGAAUGUAGACUACAAGAAGCCACUCAAGGUUAUUUUUGUAGGGGAAGAAGCUGUUGAUGCUGGAGGUGUUCGCAAAGAAUUUUUUUUACUCAUCAUGAGGGAGUUGUUAGAUCCCAAAUAUGGAAUGUUCAGGUAUUAUGAAGAGUCCAGGCUGAUCUGGUUCUCUGAUAAGACCUUUGAAGACAGUGACUUGUUUCAUUUGAUUGGUGUUGUCUGUGGGCUAGCAAUAUAUAAUUUUACUAUUGUAGACCUUCAUUUCCCUUUGGCUUUGUACAAAAAGCUAUUGAAUAAGAAACCGUCCCUGGAUGACUUAAAAGAGUUGAUGCCAGAUGUUGGCAGGGGAAUGCAACAUUUACUGGACUAUCCAGAGGAUGACGUGGAAGAAGCAUUUUGUCUUAAUUUUACUAUCACUGUGGAAAAUUUUGGUACAACAGAAAUUAAAGAGCUUGUUCCUAAUGGUGCUGACAUUCCUGUAGUCAAACAAAAUAGGCAAGAUUUUGUAGAUGCAUACGUGGAUUACAUCUUCAAUAAAUCUGUGGCUUCCUUAUUCAGUGCAUUCCAUGCAGGCUUCCACAAAGUAUGUGGAGGUAAAGUUCUUCAGCUCUUCCAGCCCAGCGAGUUGCAGGCAAUGGUGAUUGGGAACACAAAUUAUGACUGGAAAGAAUUGGAGAAGAAUACAGAAUACAAAGGAGAAUACUGGGCAGACCAUCCUACAAUUAAAAUAUUCUGGGAGGUUUUCCAUGGAUUGUCUUUGGAGAAGAAAAAACAGUUUUUGCUGUUUCUGACGGGCAGUGAUCGUAUUCCAAUUCUUGGAAUGAAGUGUCUUAAACUAGUCAUCCAGCCAACAGGAGGCGGAGAAGGUUAUCUUCCAGUAGCUCACACUUGCUUUAAUCUUCUUGAUCUUCCAAAAUACACAGAUAAAGAAACCCUAAAAUCAAAGUUGAUCCAGGCUAUAGAUCACUAUGAAGGUUUCAGUUUAGUAUAACUUCAGAAAUGAGAGUUCUGUGUAACGUGGGAUCAUUAAACUAACUUUGUGUGUCUUUUGUGGUGGUAAAUUCAGUGGAUUAAAUGAUGGAGUUGAUAACAUAACUGAUUAUUUGCAAAAAUGUUCAGUGGUACGAAUAUUCACGGGAGCCAAAAAAACACUUACGAAAAUGAGGAACUGUCUUAAUACAUACCUUCUUGUACAGAACCAUGUGGAUUUUGCCAUCUUACAAUAAAAAUGAGAGUAUUGUGAAUGGGAGUCAAGUUUCACUAACAUGAAUUAACAUUUCACCUUAUGCAAACAAUUUGGCGUGUGAGUGCAUGAGAGACUUGCUUAAGUUUUUCAAAUCACUUAGUAAGAACAUUUAACUUUUUCCCUGAUAAAUUCACUUGGUAACUUUUCAUUUUGUAAAUAAUAAAUUUUUGUGAUAAAAUAAUUAUGUUCCAAUAGCAGUAUGGUUUCUAUUGCUUGUAAUUGAAUAUGAGCUUAUUUUAUGGCUUUUAACAAAAAAAGUGACUACUCUGAUUUCUGAAGAUAUCUAUUUUUCUGGUUUGUUUUAAGAACCUUAAUGAUGAAAGUGAUUGUUUAAGAGACAUUCAUCUUCACAAUGUACAAUCCAUGAGGCAGUCACUUAGUGCCGAUACAAAACUGCAUACAAUGGCAUUUUUAAUAUGUGGAUGGACAAGCUGACUUAAUACACUUUUAUUUUUAAGGACUGAUUCUGUAAUUAUGUGGACACAAUUAUAAAAGAGGUUAACUUAUCAUUUGAAACCUCUACAGCCAUGUGUGAAGAACGCAGCUUAAAAGAAAAAGAUGCACCAGACAGUUGUUGCUGUCAAGAGGUUAAACGUUUAUUUUUAAAUGCUGAAAGCGUAGUUUAUGGUUUCUAAUAGAAUUUUCACUUUUUUCCAGAUAAAUGCAUUUGAAAUAACUCUUUAACACUCCCCUCCCCUUUUCUUAAGAUUUUAUUUUUAGUAUAAUUACCCUGAGAUGGUUGUGCUUAGCUGGACACUUUCGGAUUUGACUUUCCUUCUCUGGUUAAAUUCCAGAUUUUGUGGUGUUGAUGCAUAUGUGACUUGCAGCUGUGAAACAAAUAUUUAUUUUUUUUAGAUUUUUAAAUGCAGUGAAAAAAUUCAAGCUAUAAUAAAAGACU